AUGAAAUAUAAGUUCAUAUGUCCCCACGUCCUAAAGGGACAGGUGAACAUUAAAAAAGGGGGCAUCCCUGGCUGGUCAGACACAAAAGGUCAGACACAAAAGGGUCAGACACAAAAAGGGUCAGACACAAAAAGGGCAGACACAAAAAGGGUCAGACACAAAAAAGGUCAGACACAAAAAGGGUCAGACACAAAAAGGGUCAGACACAAAAAGGGUCAGACACAAAAAAGGUCAGACACAAAAAGGGUCAGACACAAAAAGGGCAGACCAAAAAGGUCAGACACAAAGGGUAGAGGGUCAGACACAAAAGUCAGACAAAAAGGGUCAGACACAAAAAGGGUCAGACACAAAAAGGGUCAGACACAAAAAAGGUCAGACACAAAAAGGGUCAGACACAAAAAGGGUCAGACACAAAAAGGGUCAGACACAACAAGACACAAAAGAGGAUCAGACACAAAAAGGGUCAGACACAAAAUCAGGUCAGACACAAAAAGGGUCAGGGUCACACAAAAAGGGUCAGACACAAAAAGGAACACAAAAGAUCAGACACGAAAAGGGUCAGACCACAAAAGGUCAGACACAAAAAAGGGUCAGACACAAAAAGGGUCAGACACAAAAAGGGUCAGACACAAAAAGGGUCAGACACAAAAGGGUCAGACACAAAAAGGUCCACCAAAAGGAUCAGACACAAAAGGGUCCAGACAAAAGGGUCGACACAAAAAAGGUCAGACACAGACACAAAAAGGCAGACACAAAAGGGUCAGACACGAAAAGGGUCAGACACAAAAAGGAUCAGACACAAAGAGACACGAAAAGGUCAGACACGGGUCAGAACACAAAAAGGGUCAGACACAAAAAGGGUCAGACACAAAAAGGAUCAGACACAAAAAGGGUCAGACAGACAGACACAAAAAGGGUCAGACCAAAAAGGAUCAACACGAAAAGGGUCAGACACUAAAAGGGUCAGACACAAAAAGGGUCAGACACAAAAAGGGUCAGACCAAAAAGCAACACAAAAGGGUAGAACAAAAAGGGUCAGACACAAAAGGAUCAGACACAAAAAGGGUCAGACACAAAAGGGUCAAGACACAAAAAGGAUCAGACAAAAAGGGUCAGACACAAAAAGGGUCAGACACAAAAGGGUCAACACACAAAACACACAGAAAAGGGUCAGACACAAAAAGGUCAACAAAGGGUCAGACACAAAAAGGGUCAGACACAAAAAAGACACAAAAGGUCAGACACAAAAAGGUCAGACACAAAAAGGUCAGACACAAAAAAGGUCAGACACAAAAACACAAAAAAGAUCAGACACAAAGGUCAGACAAAAGGUCGACACAAAAAGGGUCAGACACAAGAAGGGUCACACAGACACAAAAAGACACAAAAAGGGUCAGACACAAAAAGGGUCAGACACAAAAAGGGUCAGACACAAAAAGGGUCAGACACAAAAAGGGUCAGACACAAAAAGGCAAAAAGGGUCAGACACAAAAAGGUCAGACACAGAAAAAGGGUCAGACACAAAAAGGGGGUCAGACACCAGACACUCAGACACAAAAAAGGGUCAGACACAAAGGUCAGACACAACCUUUUUCGAAGUUCAGCGAUGCCACAGUAACGGGUAAUCCAGGAUAA